UUCCCCUUUUGGGCCCCUUUUUGGUUUGAAACACUCUACAAUAAACUACUGGAGGAAGAUGUUUAUUUCCUCUUACUAGAAACGGACGACAUUUUGCUCGCGAGGGCUUAUUAUGCAACCGUGAUUUGGAUUCAAAUGUGUCGGAUGUCCCAGAGGGACCCAUAAUCCCUCUGUGAGUGUGGUGCUAAAAAGGUACCGAUUGCCACGCAGAUAUGAAUAACCCGCAGGCUGCUGCUCUCCCAUAGGGGAAUGUUGCCUUAAUACUCCUUCCAAACCUACAAUCCCAGGUGCGAAAACUCAAAAUCUAAGUGUUUAGCUUAGGUAAUUCAGAUUAUUCCGCUGAUAGGUGGGAGCUUCGGGAGUUCUGGGGUUUUCAGUAACUUUGAGGCCACCCAGGUCAGCUUUUGAGGUUUGAGAUUCGCGCCCUUUUUGACCGGAAGUUUAGGUGACCAGUCAGACGCGAAACGUGAGGGUCGCUGAAGGUGAUUUCCGGUCACAUGCGCAAACAUGAUGUCACAAUCGCCAGAAUCAAUGACGAGCAAAAAAUUUUUUUUGUUAACAAAACUGGCAGUAGCUCUAGCAGAAUAUUUCUGAGAGAUGGAAGAUACUCAAGACUUGAACCUUACUUUUUCCGGCUGUGGAUUCUUGGGAAUGUACCAUAUCGGAGUGAUGUCUUGCCUCAAACAAAACGCCGCCGGCUUUUUGAGAAGGGUGAAAUGUUUCGGCGGAGCGAGCGCAGGUGCCUUUGCCGCUGUAGGUCUUAUCGUUGACUUGGACAUUAGCGAGGUCGCCGAGUCAGUUAUAAGACUCGGAAAGAGAGCAAAGUCUCUUUCAUUAGGACCACUUCAUCCGAGUUUUGAGAUAGUCAGAACUAUUCGGAGAGCUUUUGAAAAAAUGCUACCAGAAAACGCACAUGAACUUGCCAGCGGCAGAUUGCACAUUUCAUUGACCCAUGUCCCAGAUUGUCAAAAUGUCAUUAUAUCCGAAUUCUACUCCAAAGAAGAUCUUAUUGAGGCAUUAGUAGCAAGUUCUUAUGUGCCAUUGUAUUCAGGAAUCUUUCCAGCAGUGUUCAGGGGAAAGUACUACAUAGAUGGAGGGAUCUCUGAUAAUCUUCCUCAGCACUUCAAGGAAGGAGAGACCAUCACAGUGUCACCAUUCUGUGGUGAACAUGACAUUUGUCCAAAGGAUGUUUCAUCGAAUGACGCUCAUAUUGAACUAUGCAACACCAGCAUGCAAAUCACCAGCAAUAACUUGGAGAGAUUGACAUAUGCAUUGUUUCCUCCUGAUGAAAUAGUGUUGAGCAAUAUAUGUCGGCAGGGGUACAGGGACACACUGAGAUUUCUAAAGGAGCACUAUCCUAAUAGGCUAACAAAGGAGGCAGUGAGAACUGCCUCCGUGGCCUUGAAUCUUCCACCAUGCGACAAUAAUUUGUCUGCUUCUUGUCAAGAAACAAGCUUCAGUCGUCGAACUAGCUGCAGUUCACAAAUAUCGUCAAACUGCUUCUCCUGUAGCUAUAGUGACAUUGAAGUUUAUUCAGGAUCAGAGAGUGAAACAGAGACUGAUGAGGAGGAAGGGGAAUCACAACUUUCCAUGAUACUGGUCCGUGCCAAUGAAGCUGCCACAGAACGAGAGCUUUGGUCGUGCUUUUUACUUCGCAGAUCAUUUUUUGUCUUGGAUGUCUUUACAAAGCCAUGUGUCAUUACUAUCAGACAAGUCUUGGUCAUGCUCAAAAUAUUUUUGAAAUCACUGACCAAGUUAGAAAAGACAGGAAACUGGUAUUUUGAUGAGCUGCUGUCAGUCCUCACCACAAUGUUCCACACCUAUGAAGAUAAGCACCGAGUAUUGGUAAGACAAGGGAAAUCUGAAUUACCAAUCACAGAUCUUUCAAGAGGAGCUCAUGGAUCAUUGCUUACUUCAUCUAAGUGGACACAAAAACUUAAUGAUAAUUCUAGGAGUUUCAAAGCAAGGUGCUGUUGUACCUCAGAAGGUCUGUCUACUUUUACUUGUGAAGAGUACAUAGUAGAUGUCAGAAGUAAUGCAUGUAAGUUGGUCAUGGAUGCGGAUGACAGCAGUGAUGACAGCUUUCCUUUGAACACCAACGCUUUGCACAGGGAACUGCAAGAGUGCCUUGCGGAAACCAUAAGCAUGAUGGAACAUCAUUUUGGUGACAGUUAUACAGGAAAGGAAUUCAACAAUGAAAAGGAUGAAAGCAAAAGUAAUUCAUGUGGUGCAGUUAGGGCUGUGGGUGAGUCAUGGUGCUAAGUGUCUGGCUGUUGAUGACUGUGAUGCGUAUGUGAUUCUUGAAGGAUUUGAGUGACACUUAUGACUUUGUCUAAAAACGUUAUCAUUACUAUAUUUAAAAGGAAUCCAUAUUUAUUGCGCUUAAAGUGCAUUUUUUCCUUGAAUUCUUCAAGUAAAGUACAUGUACUUUACCUAUAAAACUUGAAGUUGAAGAAAGGUCCUGGAUUACCCUUAAAAAAUUAUGUAUAAAUUUAAUGUGGAUAAUUUGGUACCUCAAUUGUAAGAACUUACUUGUUAUACUGGUAAAGGUACAUGUAACUUACAUAGAUGACAAGUAAAUAAGACGGUCAUCAAAAUGGAUGAAAUUGAAUACCUAUAUCAGAGAUACUUUGUCAUAAUUAAUUCCAGUUUUCUAUCAUUUGUUCAUUUUUGUUCUCUGAGGAGUCAGUUCAAUUCUUUUGAUACUUCACUGUUAAAUAAUACUAUUACUAUUAUUUUCCCAAAUUAUUGAAUACAAUAACAAAGUGUUAAUAGUAUUUAUUACUGAUGAAUGGAUCCAAAGCACAAAAUGUAAAAUUAUGUGCAUGCCUUUGUUUCAGCCGAUCUGCAUAUCUUUGUUCCAUAUUUAAUUUGCAAUAACAGUUACUAUGUAAUGAAUGCAGUUUCAAAGUUCUCUUUACAAAUGAUGAAAUUAUUUGUGUUUACAGGUUUAGUAUACAGUAAAUAUUGCAAAAUUAUACUGAAUUUUACAAAGCAUGAACCUAAACUAAAUAAUCAUCUUGAUGAAAGAAACUUCACAAAUCUUGGUAAUGUGGUGUUAUCAUGAGGUUUUCUGUAAACAUUAAUAAAUGUGAACUAUUUAUGACCCUAGGAAUCCCCUAGGCUUAAUCAGAAUCUAAUUUCUGCUAAGUUAUGCUUCAGCCAAAUGUGAUCUCACAAGGCAGUGCGCAGUUCAUCAACUAGCGUUGUAAGAUAUUUCUAAGGAGGCCAGCACAUGUAAGGCGUAAAGUAUUUCUAAAUUCAGUUCUGUCAUAUUUUGAUUAAAAAACUUCAUAAUUUAAUUUUCUAUGGUAUGUGUUAUAGGUCAAAUGACAAUUAAUGACAUUAAUGGUUGAAUGCCCAGUGGUAUGUCAUUUGUGACUGUCUGAAUAAAUCUUGGGAUUGUUUCGAAAACAGUGUGGUUUGAGUGAAUGUUAUUUUUUUUUAACUUCAUCCUUUUUUGAUAUGGUAAAACAAAAUACUGCAACACCCAAAUCAUUUUGCGGAGGUCUGGGAACAAGAAUGGCUUACCUUGACAUCAUGACGAUAUAGCCAGUUGCAAGCACUACAUGUAUAGCAAUGGCAAGCAUAUUGUUAGAAAAGGUAAACACUGAUGAUAUAUCAUUUUCAGGUGGUUUUUUAUAGCUGCUCUGUUCUCAAAGAUUUUGUCAGGGUCCUGUUUCUCGCAUAAAUUUUAAAAAAAUUUGUGUCUCAUAUACUUUUUCUAAAAGAUGUAUUCAUAACUUCUCAAAUCAAAGUUGUCUUUUCUCACACCAUGCACUAAUAGGCCCUUUGCAGCUAAGGCAUCAUGGGACCUACUUUUCAUAAAAUUAUGUGC